AUGUCCGGAAUCAAUAAAGACGAAAAGGUGCGCACGGACACUGGGUUGCCCACGACCCAAACAUCGGGAGAUAGAGAGGGAGUUGCGAAGGGGAAAGGAGGGCUCUUCGCCGGCGCCGGCGCAGCCGCUCUGGUGGUGGGAAGUGAUGCGGUGGCCGGCCAGGGUUCCCUCAUGGGCCCGCCGGCUUCACCAGGGGCGAAGAGGAAAGCGCCGCCACUGUCCGACUCGGCUGGAUCCUCGUCGGCGGCAGAGACUGCCACGAGCGAGCGGCCGGGUCCGGCCUCGUGGAAGAAAGUGGCCUCGAAGAGGCGGGCCGGAAAAAGGGCGGUCUAUGAAGGCCGCAGCGGUGUGGUGUCGGACGGGGCGGUGUCCGACUGGUCCGCCGACAUGGAGCUAAGCGACGAUGCGGGCUCUCGGUCGGCGAAAUCGUUCGCCAGAGCCACCGGAUCGAAGAGCGUCGCCACGGGCUCCGGGGUAACGUCGGGAGCGAAGCCACCCGAGGCCAGGAAGGCGAAGUGGAAGGCGGCUCCGAAGAAGAGGGCGCCGGAGGGAGCCUCUGCGACUGGGCGUCCCGCGCGCCCCGCGCAGCGGCCGGGUGCCGCUGCAGCACCGGCCAUGCCGAGAGCGGGUGUGCAGGUGCCACCGACUGCGUUUGGCGGUGAGGGGCCACCGAGGACGGUCAGCCCCGUGGAGCUGAUGGCGCGUGCCGAGCAGCUGGUCGGUGAGAUCAGGGCCCACGUUACGGACCCGGCGAACAAGGUGGUGAAGACCUCAAGGCGUGAACGACUCUCGGCUGGAGGCGGCGGGCACGGGGCCGCGAAAGAGAUCCCGCUGGUGGUGUCGGGAACUGACCUCGGCGAGGAGGCUCGCCAGGCGGGGCAGGGUGGCCCUGCAGCGAUCGCGGAGGCGAGAGGAUCCUCCAGAGGACCAGGCGGCGCUCCGGGGGGCCUACAGAGAGCUGUACCGGAGCUACCAUCGCCUGGUCCUCGAAAAGAAGGAAGGGGACUGGCGGGCUUUCGUGGGCGAGGUGGGCAACGCGGAUCCCUGGGGAACCGUCUAUAG